AUGUUGACCAGCCGGCUCCUGCAGUUGACUGUGGCAAUCCUACCUAGACUUGCUGCCGCUGGUUCUGAUCCGGCUGCUGCUUAUGGCACUGUUGCUCCACCGUCACUAGACCUACCGGACGCGGUUUCAAAUGCUAGCUCGACUAUCGAAAGCGAGGCUCUCCUCGAAGAGUGUGACCCGUCAAUCACGGUCUGUGGGACAACGGCAAAUGUCAAGGUCGUCCGCACACACAAUAGCACAAUCUUCGUUACCCGUCACCAUGUGCAUGAAGAAAUAACGGAGCUGCCCACGUCAACCCGUACUGUCGUCGAGGUCAUUGUCUCAACAAAUACGACAAACAUUGAAGGUCAAUGCCGUGACACGACCGUCUACGUGGAACCAACACCGCUCAUUGUAACAGUUGAUGUCAACACCACUACUACUCGGGAAGUCGUGCCCAUCGUGAAUAUCACGUCCGUUACUACGUCAUGGGUUGAGCAUAAGAAGAUCUCCCAGUGUAUCAUCAAGAGGACAAGCACUGGUCUGGCUCCUGGACCCAGUUACAGCUCUGCUCCACCUCCUCCCAGCGCACCAUCUCAACAGUCCCCGCCGGCUGCUGGCUCUGGAGGUAACUACAAUUCUGGCCAGCCUGCUCCAAGUGUUCCGUCUGCUGGAGCGUCUUCAGCUCAAGGUAGCGGAAGCCAAAGUUCUGCACCAUCUUCUUCUUCCCAGUCGUCAUCCUCCACUUCUGAAAGUGUCUCCGGAAGCAUAUAUGGAAGCGCAUCUGGGAGCUUUUCUCGGGCCUCAGGAGCUUCAGCUGGCUCAAGUGCUUCAGGAGCUUCGCGUGCCUCGGGUGCUUCCUCGUCCAGUUCAUCUUCGACCUCACGAAGCACUCCUUGA